UCCCAACAAUCCCACCCUGUGCAUCCCUGGCAGCGCUGUCCAAAGGCUCCUGGAGCUCUGGCAGCCUCGGGGCAGUGCCAGCCCCUCUGGGGCAGAACCUUUCCCAAAUCCAGGCUGCCGCUCCUGGCCCAGCUCCAGCCGUGCCCUGCAGCGUCCCGUCCCGCAGCCCUGGUGUGUGUUGCAGGUGGCAGUGCCGGGAUGUCCCUGGAGCUCACCUUCCUGGGCACGGGCUCUGCCUUCCCGUGCCCGGCCCGCGGCGCCGCGGCGCUGCUGCUGCGCCGGGACGGGCACUGCUGGCUCUUCGACUGCGGCGAGGGGACGCAGACGCAGCUGAUGAGGAGCCACCUCCAAGCAGCCAGAAUUACCAAGAUUUUCAUCACUCACCUUCACGGCGACCACAUUUUCGGACUUCCUGGGCUGCUGUGCACGCUCAGCCUGCAGAGCAGCCCCGAUGCCAGCAAAGCCCCCGUUGAUAUUUACGGGCCCCUGGGGCUGCGGAGCUUCCUCUGGAGGAGCCUGGAGCUGUCCCACUCCCAGCUCCUCUUCCCCUACGCCGUCCACGAGCUGGUCCCCACGCGGGACCAGUGCCCCCCGGAAGAAUUCAGGGACUUCUCGGGCUUGGACCGAGGCGAGGCGCUUCCCCAGGCGCCCCCAGGGAGGGUCCUGCACCUGGACCCAGGAGAAGACUCCUACUUGCUGCUGGAGGAUGAGCAGCUGGUGGUGAGAGCGUUCCGCCUCUUCCACCGCGUGCCCUCCUUCGGCUUCGUGCUGCAAGAGAAGCCCCGGCCUGGGAAGCUCAACGUGCAGAAACUGAAAGACCUCGGAGUCCCGCCGGGCCCCCUGUACGGGCAGCUGAAGCGCGGCGCCGCCGUCGUCCUGGAGAGCGGCGCGACGGUGACUCCUGGCGAUGUGCUGGGCGCGCCGGUGCCCGGCAGGAAGGUCUGCGUCCUGGGCGACUGCUCGGGGCCCGUGGGGCCGGCGGCCGAGCGGCUGUGCCGCGGGGCGGACGUGCUGGUGCACGAGGCCACGCUGGAGGACGGCCUGCAGGAGCUGGCACGGGAGCGCGGGCACAGCACGCCCGGCACGGCCGCGCGCUUCGCCCGGAGCUGCCGCGCCCGCAGGCUGGUGCUGACCCACUUCAGCCAGCGGUACCGGCCCGCCGGGCACGGCACCGACCUCGGCCAGCUCAGGAGACAGGCCGAGGCCCUGCUGGAUGGACAGGAGGUGACGCUGGCCGAGGACUUCAUGACCAUCGAGGUACCGCUGAAACAGUGAGGAACAGGGGCUUCAUAAGGAGAUCCCAGUGAAACAGGGGAAAACAAGGAUUUCAUAAAGAGAUCCCAAUGAAACGGUGAAAAACAAGGACUUUUGACCACAGAGAUCCCAAUGAAACAGUGAAGAACAAGGACUUCAUAAGGACAUCCUAAUGAAACAGUGAAAAACAAGGAUUUCAUAAAGAGAUCCCAAUGAAACAGUCAAAAAGAAGGAUUUCAUAAAGAGAUCCCAAUUAAACAGUGAAAAACAAGGACUUUAUAAGGAGAUCCCAAUUAAACAGUGAAAAACAAGGACUUCAUAAGGAGAUCCCAAUGAAACAGUGAAAAACAAGGAUUUCAUAAACAGAUCCCAAUGAAACAGUAAAAAACAAGGGCUUCAUAAGGAGAUCCCAAUGAAACAGUGAAAAACAAGGAUUUCAUAAGGAGAUCCCAAUAAAACAGUGAAAAACAAGGGCUUCAUAAGGAGAUCCCAAUGAAACAGUGAAGAACAAGGAUUUCAUAAAGAGAUCCCAAUGAAACAGUGAAAAACGAGGACUUCAUAAGGAGAUCCCAAUGAAAUGGUGAAAAACAAGGAUUUCAUAAGGAGAUCCCAAUUAAACAGUGGAAAAUAAGAAUUUCAUCAAGAGAUCUCAAUGAAACGGUGAAAAACAAGGACUUCAUACGGAGAUCCCAAUGAAAAAGUGAAAAACGAGGACUCUGUGACCAUAGAGAUCCCAAUGAAUGCAGAUUUUCCUACCCAAUUACAAGAUAGCCAAACCCAAGAAGGAGGAAGAAGAGAGAAUAAAGGAACGUGAGACAGCACCCUGCACCCUCCAUCCUGAACCCAUCUACACCACACUUAAAAUCCUAAAAACUCAAUUUCUCACGCAUGUGACACCCUGCACUGCUCUCUACAACCCCUACAAUCCAUUUCACACCUUUGUGGUCUGCGAAGUCAGUGGAGCCCUGAGAGCUCUGCCGAGAGGCUGUAGCUGGGCGCGUCGCUGUGCUCAGGUGCAGGAGCUCCUGUCAUUCCCCACCUGCAUGUGACGUUUUCUCAGAAAUAAACCGAGUUUAGGCCUCCUGA